AUGGCCGACUCCACGGCUGCCGCCGUAACCACCAGUGCCACCUCCUCCAACACCACCUACACCUCUCUUUCUCCGGCGAUCUCCAGUGUCAACAUCAAAGCCUUGAUCCCCUACACCCUCUCCAUGGAGUCCAAUAAUUAUCGUAAGUGGAGAAAUCUCCUUCUUCUUGUCCUUGGACGUUUCAACCUUCGCGUCCACGUCGAGGAUGGCGCACCCCGUCAUAACGACCCCGACUGGGUCACUGAAAACCUUCAAGUCCUCAUGUGGAUCUAUGCCACCAUCGACGAGAGCCUCACCGACAUGGUGAUGAGCGACGACUCCACCGCCUACGGCGUCUGGGAGCGGCUGUGCUUCAUCUUCUGCGCCAACAAGCCCUCCCGUGCCGUGCACCUCGAGUCCGAAUUCCAUGGCCUCGUUCAAGGAGAUCUCUCCGUCACCGCGUACUGCCACAAACUGAAGACGCUCGCGGAUGCCUUGGCUGAUUGCGACCAGCCUGUUGGCGAUCGCACGCUGGUCCACCAGCUCAUUCGCGGCCUCAACCCGAAGUUCCAUGUCCUCAAAACGAUCAUGCCUAUUCUUCCCACCUUUCCCUCAUUCAUGCAGGCGCGUGAUUAUCUUCUCGUAGAGGAGCGCUCCAAGGCACAUGAGCAACCUGCAACCACUGAAACGGCGUUUGUCACCACCGGCGCCUCCGGUGACGAGGCCAUUCUAACGCGCAACGGCAACAGCAACCACAGUCCCUUCACCACCACCAACAUCGUGGGCCGCGGUCGUGGCUAUCGUGGCCGUGGCCGUGGGCGCGGUGGCCGCCACAGCGGAGGGCGCGGGCGCCAGCACCAACAGCAGCAGCCUUCUCCAUGGAUGGCCUCUUCUCCUCAAUGGCCUGUGCCGUGGUCUGGUCCAUGGCGCGCCCCCUGGACUGGUGCUUCCGGCCCCGGCGUGCUUGGCCCCCGCCCACCUGCCGGCCCGGCUCAGGCCUACCCGGCUAUGCACCAGACCGCGUCUGCCCCACUGCAGUCUUCCUCGUGCGACAUCAACGGCCUGAUUCAAGCUCUCCACGCUAUGUCGCUCCAAUCGCAACCCACUAAUGGCGACUGGUACAUGGACACUGGAGCCUCUUCUCACAUGUCCAGUGACGCAGAUUUGCUGAAGUCCAUGAGCAAGGAGGAGCUACUGCGGGACACUCAAGGAUUAUUACAAACUGUGGCGCAGUUCAUCUCCUCUCAGCAGCCGGCAGCAAGUCAUCAACUGAUGAUUCUGUUCUGCUCUUGCUGGGCAUGGGAAAUGAAGAGAAUCGAUCACUUCAGGAGGAUUCAGAGAUGA